UGCUAUUAAUCACUCAUGAUGCAAGCACUCCCACCCAUUUCUGAGAACAGUGUAGGCUGUCUGAUAACUCACAGGCUUCAAGCUGCCCUUAUAAAGUUGUUCCACUUCUGCAUACUUCCUCAUACUGCUAGUUUCUCGGUGAAGAUGAAGCUCCUCAUUUACAUAAUCUUGCUGAAGUCAACUUUCCUUGCUUUAACAAAUGUUUUUGCAGUUAUUUUAGAAGAGGAGGAGAAUGCUAAAGAAGCAAAGCUUACUGAGACUUGUGCCAUAAAACUCAAAACUAAUCGGAAAUGUGAUGAAGGAGAGGAUUGUCCUUAUCAGAUAAAUUUGCCUCCGAUGACCAUCCAGAUGCCCAAAGAAUUCAAACUGCUUGAGAAGACUCUCAAAGAAGUACAGAUCCUUAAAGAAUCAGUAAACAAGCUGAAAAAAUGCUGCCAAGAUUGCAAGCUGCAAGCAGAUGACAACCAAGAAAGGGACAGAAGCAAGGAAUUCCUGCUACCUAACACUGCAGAAAACAGUGAAAGCCAAGAUAACAGAGUAAAGGAACUGCAAAGCAAAGUUAACAGAAUGGCAACUAGCCUAAAAAAUGCAAAGAGCCAGAUUCAGACACUGCAGGGUCGUUUAGAGAAGAUGAGCCUCAUAAAUAUGAACAAUGUGGAACAUUAUGUUGACAGCAAAGUUGCAAAUUUGACAUUUGCUGUGAACAACCUGGAUAACAAAUGUUCUUCUAAGUGUCCAGCAAUGCAAGCAAGACCUGUUAUACAAAUAAUGCAGAGAGACUGUGCUGACCAUUACAUGGCAGGAAGAAGGAGUAAUGGAAUCUACAGGAUUAGCCCUGACUCCAGAAAUGAGAGCUUUGAAGUUUACUGUGACAUGCAAACAAACGGAGGCGGCUGGACAGUGCUGCAACGGCGUCAGGAUGGCAGCACUAACUUCAACAGAACCUGGAAUGACUACAAACAUGGCUUUGGGAACCUCAGCAGGGAGUUUUGGCUAGGCAAUGACAAAAUUCACCUCCUGACAAGGAGCCAGGAAAUGCAACUGAGAAUUGAUCUCGAAGAUUUCAAUGGAAUCAGAGAGUAUGCAAAGUAUGAGCACUUCUACGUGGCUAAUGAGUACCUCAAGUACCGCCUCAGCGUCCACGGCUACAGCGGCACGGCAGGAGAUGCCCUCCACUACAGCCGGCACUACAACCAUGACCAAAAGUUCUUCACAACCCCAGACAAGGACAAUGAUAGGUAUCCCUCAGGGAACUGUGGGGCAUACUACAGCUCUGGUUGGUGGUUUGAUGCCUGCCUGUCAGCCAAUCUCAACGGCAAGUACUACCACAAGAAAUACAAAGGUGUUCGCGAUGGCAUAUUCUGGGGUACGUGGCAUGGUAUUUCUGAUGAUACUCCCACUGGAUACAGGCAACCCUUUAAAUCAGUAAAGAUCAUGAUCAGACCCAAAAGUUUUGUGCAGUAAUUCUACACAUUUCUUAUAACUAGUUUGCAUUGGAUUGCACUCAAAAUCAUACUUACUCAGUAUUAUACUCAGAAAUCAAGUAUUCAGUUAUGUUUGGCAAAAGAUUGUUCUAGACAAAACAACAUGCUUCCACAUAAUAUUUCUAGAGACCGUUUGACCCAUAUAAUGUAUUAAAACCAGCAAAAUACCUGAAUAGUUAUUGCUAAAACUUAACACCAGUUAGGUCUUGGUUUUGUUAUGCAAAUAUUCUAAACAUUGCUUUUGGUGCUUUUACUGACUGUGAUAUACAUUUUAUGAUUUAAAACUUUUCUAAUGUCUUCCACAAGUUGUGUCUGAAUGAAUACCUACAUUUUAACCUGAAAAUAAUUCAGGGGUGUAACUAACAUAAAUUUUUGAACACUUGGGGAAAAAAACUAGUCCCUCUAAAACAGUGUUUUUCCAUUAUCUAUCCUUCCCAACUUCAAAGGUAUACUAUAGCAAUAUCAAUGUAAAUUAGGAAAAGUACUAAAAAUUAUUAUUUUUAAAGGACUAGAAAACAGAUGGCCACAUGGUUUGCCCAAAAACACAAAAAAGGGCCAUAACAAAAAAAAAAAACAAAAUGAAUAUGAUUCCUCAAAUUUUAUCCUUUUGUCAAAGCUUUUUCAAAUAAGUUGAUGGAAGAAUUGAAUAAAAGCAGAGGAAAUAAUUAUACAAUCAUAGAAUUAUUUAGUUUGGAAAAGACCUUUAAGAUCAUUGACUCCAACUGUUAACACAGAACUGCCAAGUCCACACUAAGCCAUGUCCCUAAGUGACCCUCUACACAUGGAGAGAGCAUGUAUAGAACAACAGUCUUGCUCUUUUUGGUUCCUCCAUUCAAGCUCAAAGUCCUUUUGUCACUUGUAGGAGAAAGGAGCCAUUAUAAAGCUUAUUGCACAUUUAGGCAGGUAGACAGGUAGCAGGAAGACACAUCAAUAAGGAUCCAUAUUCUUUGUAUUAAGCCUGUAAAUACAUACAGAACGUUUCCAGUGCCAUUUUGCUUUUUCCUGAAUCCUUUAGGUAAAAAUAUGCUCUUGUAGAGACUCAAGCUCUCAUUCAAAUGCUUCUCAAUCUAAAUAUUAUUAGACCCUAAAACUAAAAAAAAUAAAAUUAUAAAGUGUUUUGUAACGUAAGAAAAGGCUGUUCUCUCAAUUUUUAGACUACAUGUUUUGUGGCCACAGAAACACAAAUACCUACUGUCAAUUCUAAGCAAGAAAGAGCAUAUGCGAUCAAAGAUUUGUUUUUUCUAAAAUAUAACAAGUUAAAAAAUUAAAUUGUCAAAUAGUGCAGGAAUUUCAAAUUAGAUAUACUGUUAUUAAAUCUCACAUUACAGAUAGUGAGCACAAAUUUGGCUGCACAUAUACAGACCAUGUCUCUACAAAGAUAAUGAGCAACACUGAGUGGAGAUGCAAUUUAUCUUAGUAAGAGGUUCUGGCUUACACCAAUCCUGAGAUGUGAAAAACUACACUAAGACUCUGUUUCUUUAUCAGUUAAAAUGUGGUCAUUGCUGGCAUAGCUUUUUGGAUUAAAAGAGACAUAAAAAAAAGAAUACAAGUAUACAGCUGACCUAAUACUUUAUAAAUAUGACCUCUACUGUUUAUUUGAGAUUACAACAAAACUAUUAUGGUUAUAAGUUAUGCAAAUGAAGAACACUGGCAAUAGCUAAAUUGUAAAAUAUUAAUAUAUAUUUUAAAGACAUAAAUACUUUGAAGGAUAAUUCAAAUGUAAUUUGGUUUAUUAUAUUUCAAUUUUAAAGAGCAAUUAAAAAUUUUAAUUGCAAGAUGUAUCAUCUUUGCUUGAGAAUAUGUUUUGAAGCUAUAGAAUAUUUAUUUUGGGAUAAAAAAUAGUUGUCUAAACAAAACAAAAAAAAAGCAACUGAUGAAGUAUUGGUUAAAAGAGCAAACAUCUAAUUGCAUAUGAUUAUAUUUAAUCAUUUUGCAUGAAAUGCUCCUACGCAUUAUAAGAUAACUAGUUAAGUAUGACUUACAGUAUCUACAAGCUUCUACUUGAAAAUGUCUUUUUACUACUAGGUUGUUAGAAGAGAAACUGUCCUUUUAAAAUCUUGUUUAAAGGAAACUGUAAAACACUGAAAUUUUAACAGAAUAAGCAAAUGUGACUAAAAUCACCUGCAAAAAAAAGCUUUGUCUCAUGUCUUUAAAAACAGAAAGCAAAAAAACAGAAAUCUGUUACAGAAAUCUGUUACAGAAAUCUGUUACAGAAAUCUGAUUAUUACCUGCCUGGAACUGUUGUAGCUGAAUCUCUGUCAAUGUGUACUAGUUUUACAAAGUGUAACUCCAUCUACUUGUUGCAAAUAUUACUUGUUUUUUCUUGGUGUAAUAAAAUAAGAAUGUCCCACUGUUAAAGCUGGACUACUGUCAUAGAUGUACAUAAGGACAAUAAAAAAAUUCUCACAAAAA